AUGCGCCACUCAAGAAAGACCCAGAUCGCUGUGGUUGAUGCGGGUACAGAGAAGCACCAAUAUGCACCAAGCAAAAAGUCACCAGCCUCAAGAAAAAGCACUGGAUCGUCUACAAAACAGCUUCAACAACUUUUCAGACUCUAUGAAGAUGCGCUAUACACUUAUAACCAAUCAGCCCUAGCAAAGACCAUCGAAGAUAUGCUGCGAACAAAAAGCCGGCCGCGCAUCACAAAGAUUGUCUCACUCGGCUUGGGGAGCUUAUUUGACGCCAAGGAUCAACAGCGUCGUGUCAAGCAGCUGGUUGUUCUUAUGGCCAUCGCAUCUCACCUAACGUUACCAUUAGGUGACAAGAGCGCUUUACAAAUUUAUGCCCAGGACCCGACAUUUACAGCAGCAGAUGAGAGUUUUCUACAAGACCUUGGCGUUGCCGUCCUUAAAACACCGUCCAUCGCUGAUUUGGGCGAGGCUGGGAGAAUGAUGGAUGAGGAAACACUUGUCUACAGCCCUUUCCUCACCCUCGAGACAUACAAAUUAUUGCUCUCUUCAUCACAAUCCUCAGAUGUCCCAGUCAAUGUACCCAUAUUGGUCAGCGACGACUUCAAUUCACUCAGAUUGAAGUGGGACAAGCGAACAACGGAGCGAAAAGACGUCGAGGGUUUGAUCCAAGGAGCGCGAACAAGCAAUUAUCGCCGCCGCGCUGUCAACGGAGAAGGGUUCUGGACUGAAGCAGAUCGACCAUUCCCGAUGGCAUUAUACUGGAGACAGCCAAUGCAGCAAGAGUUACCAGUCGCUCGGAAUGUGGAGCCUACCGUUCGAUCGGACACAUUCUCGCCAUUCGAGCGGCAGUCAAUUGCGAUCCAAGCUUAG